AUGAGUUCAGGUUCUAGUUCAAGAAGAAGAAGUUGUGUAAAUCAACCUGAUGUGUUUUGCUAUAUAUGCGGAGAAUACAUGUUUCUAAAAAACAGACAAACUAUUACUGACUUUGUAAAGCGAGCGUAUCUUGAAUAUUUUGGAGUUAACCUUGGUGAUAAGGGCAAAAACUGGGCCCCGCAUCUCGUAUGUAAAACUUUUACAGAUAAUUUACGGCAAUGGACUACCGGGAAAAGAAAGUGUCUAAAAUUCGACGUACCAAUGGUUUGGAGAAAACCAAAAAACCACUUCAAUGAUUUAAUAAGUAAUGUAACUCGGCAAUACGCCCUAUCCCGCACUGAAAUACCGAUUCUAACAUUUCAUCAGCUACCAGAUAUCUCUAAAGACGAAUAUUUUCCCUCUGAUCGCUGUUCUGAUGUUAAUAAAAGUUCUGAUGCUAAUGAAACUAACAGUGCCUAUGAGGAGACGUCAUCAGUUCCUCAACGCUUCAAUCAAAAUGAAUUAAAUGAUCUCACCAGGGAUCUCAAUUUAUCGAAAAAAGCUUCUGAAGUACAGUAG